AUGAAUACUACACUAAGUCGACAAAAGUUCGAUGAUGUAUCGAACACAAGAUAUCAACACUAUACAAGAAAACGAGCGUAUACUCAGGGUGAUGAAGAUCAACCUCGUAAUAAGAGAUUCAGAACUUCUUCACCCAUUUCCUCAUCCCCUACAUUGGCAAUUAUCGAUGACGUAGGACAUAACCAAAAUGCAUCAAAAUCCGCCAUUCCUUGGGAAGACGAUUUCGAAUCAAGGCCACGAAUUAUUGACCUUUCUACAGGCGAAAUACUUCGGUCAGUUCCGUCUACCAAACAAAAAAAAUUUGACCGCUUCUCGGACGCUGGAAAAAAUGAAUACAUUCAAAAUGCUAGUAACAAUAAUUCUCGAAAUUCGGAGAAUUGUGAAGUUAGCAACGAUAGGGAACUCGAAGAAAAAAAUCUUAGAUCUAUUAUUCGAGAACUUAAAGCCAACAUUAACAAAGAUGUUCAAUCUGCAACAAACCCUGUUAUUCAAACAUCACAGAAUUUAUUGAUGGUAUUGAAUAGCAAGAACGUAAGAUUAGAAUUUGCGGAUCAAUGUCAACAAGCGUUAGGUAGAUACAUGCGGUCACAAAUUGAUCACGUAGAAGAUGAUUCUUGUGGAGUAUACGGAAAGGAGAUGGUCUUGUAUCGCCCAUAUCAAGAUGAGUACGUCAACGAUAGUAGUGGUAAACCUAAAAUUGAGGAGAUUACUGAUGCAGAGGAAACUGUUGAAGAAAAAACUAUCGAAAUUAACGAAGGUGACAUCGAUAUGUGUGAUGCGGAUGCCGACACGAGUGAAGCAAUAAUGGAAAUUGAGCAAUUAAAUGAUCAGGAAGCUGAUAAGAUUGAUGAAAUGGACAUAGAUUGA